CAAUUGAUGAAUCUUUAGAUGAAAAUUUUCUAUCAGAAGAUAAAACUAAAGAAAAAUUAAACCAAAUUAGAAUUGAUAAAAUUAAUUUGUUACAAACUCUAAUUCAACCUAAAACUAAAAUACCAAAAAGACUACUAACACCAGAUGAUUCUAUAUUAAGACAACCUAGUAAUACAGAUUCUAAAAGAAAUAUUAAUGGUACUCCUGAAUCACAGAUAUUAUAUAUCAUCAAUCAAUAUAGAAAGACAUUAGAUAACGAUAGUUUAAAAAAGUUUCCAAGAUUAAAAAUCAAACCAAUAUCAGAUAUAAUCAAAAAGAGUUAUGAUAUUAGUAAAAACAAGAAAUCUUUAUUGGAUGCAUUAUAUUAUAUGUGGGUUCUUAGAAAAGAUGAAAAAUUUCUCUUAGAAAAUAAAUAUACAAAAAAAGGAAUUGAAGAAACUGAUGCUCUAACAAAAGAACUAAUUAACUAUCUAUAUGAUGAAUAG